AUGGCGUCGAUACAGAACAACUCCUAUCUGUCUAGGGCAAUGGAGAACUUCAUGGUUCUGCGCUCCUGGAACACGAGCGCCAACUCAUCCACUGCCGACUGCAGCGUGGAAGACAACACGUACAAGUGCAAAUUCGACGAGGAGUUCAAGUACAUUCUGCUGCCCGUCUCCUAUGGCAUCGUGUGCGUGGUGGGGCUGUGCCUCAACCUGCUGGCCCUCUACGUCUUCCUCUUCAGGAUCAAGACCUGGAACGCCUCCACCACGUACAUGUUCAACCUGGCCGUGUCUGACACGCUCUAUGUGGUUUCCCUGCCCUUGCUGGUGUAUUACUACGCCAAAGGGGACAAUUGGCCCUUCAGUGUGGGCUUGUGUAAAAUAGUCCGUUUCCUGUUCUACACCAACCUCUACUGCAGCAUCCUCUUCCUGCUCUGCAUCAGUGUCCACCGUUUCCUGGGCAUCUGCUUCCCGCUGAAGUCGCUGCAGUGGGGCCGCGUCCGCUACGCGCGGAGGGUAUCGGGGGUGAUCUGGUUGGUCAUAAUCACGUGCCAGUCACCGGUGCUCUUCUUCGUCACCACCAGUGUGAGGUGCGAGACCAUCACCUGCCACGACACGUCGAGCAAGGAGCUCUUCGGCCAGUUCGUCAUCUACAGCUCGGUGAUGCUGGUGCUGCUGUUCUGCAUCCCUUUCCUGACCAUCAUCGUGUGCUACUGCCUGAUGGCUCGGAAGCUGCUGCAGCCCACUCGGGGGACCUCCAAGAGGUCCAAGUCCAAAAAGAAGUCGGUCAAGAUGAUCAUUGUUGUCCUGGUGGUCUUCAUCAUCUGCUUCCUUCCUUUCCACGUCACUCGCACCUUGUACUACUCCUUCCGGAGCUGGGACCUUAGCUGCGGGACCCUCAAUGCCAUUAACUUAGCCUACAAAGUAACCAGGCCCUUAGCUAGCACCAACAGCUGCCUGGAUCCCAUUUUGUACUUCUUAGUAGGCCAAAGGUUUGUGAAGUUCGCAGGCAACAAAAUGCCAGUGAAAACUCCAAACCAAACGGCCCUGAGGGGAACUCCCACCAGCAACACGGGAACCAGCAGCAACCUACAUAUGAUAGCCAAAAUGUGA